UCCAAACGGCUGCAGUCGAUGUCAUGGCUCGUCUUCCUGACUCUGCUGGUCGGCUCUCUGUCUCAGACUGUAACAAUCGUCCCUCCUCUUCAAACACUGGAUCUGACUUCAGCCAACAUGUCUCACCUGGACCACGUCUGCACAACUUGGGGAAACUAUCACUUCAAGACCUUCGAUGGGCAUUUCUUCCAGUUGGCCUCCACCUGUAACCACGUUUUGGUCUCCCACUGCGGGGGAAGCUAUGAGAGUUUCAGCAUCCAGAUGAAGCGGGACCUGAUCGCCAGCACCGCCACCAUCAGCAGCAUCACCAUGAAGCUGGAUGGCUCAGUGGUGGAGCUCUCCAACAGCUCCGUCAUAUUCAACGGCCAGAUGGUGUCUCUGCCACUCGUUGCCUUCGGAGUGACAAUCAAAAGGACCACAUCCAGCAUCUUUGUUGAAGCCAGUCUUGGGAUCAAGGCUAUUUGGAACCUGGAUGACUCUCUAGAUAUGGAGCUGGAUCGCAAAUAUUACAACCAGACCUGUGGACUGUGUGGAAACUUUGAUGGGAUAGCUAAUGAUUUUAUGAAAGAUGGGGCUGUGCUGUCUGUGGUGGACUUGGCUGAGACUUACAAGGUAAACGGGCCCACUGAGACGUGUGUGGAACCCGACCUCAUUCCGACCCGGAGCUGUGGGGAUAAGCUGCUUUGUGAGGAAACCUUCACUAAAGAUCCAUUCAGCAGCUGCCAGAACCUCCUGGAUGUGGAAUCGUUUACCAAGGCGUGCAUGGCAGAUAUGUGUAGUUCAGAAGAGAACACAGAGUCCAUCUUGUGCAAAACCAUCUCAGAGUUCUCCAGACAGUGCGUUCAUGCAGGAGGAAACCCCCAGCCUUGGAGGAACGAAACCUUCUGCUACAAGCGAUGCCCAUACAACAUGGAGUUUCUGGAAUGUAGCCGGCCAUGCCAGGACUCCUGCUCCAACCCACAGGCCAGUCAGACCUGUGACAGCCACUGCCACGAUGGCUGCAGCUGCCCUGCAGGAAUGGUGUUUGAUGACAUUGGUAACACAGGAUGUGUCACAGCUGAUCAGUGCCCAUGUCUCCAUGGCAACCAGAUCUACCAGUCAGGAGAGUCCUACUCAUUCAACUGUAGAUCCUGUGUCUGUGAGAGAGGCCACUGGACCUGCACGGAGGAGAACUGCUCAGGAACCUGCUCAGUGGAGGGAGGGGCUCAUGUCACCACCUUUGAUGGGAAAAUCUACACCUUCCAUGGAGACUGCUCCUACGUUCUGGCUAAACAGAGUGAUGGCUCCCUGUACACUGUGUUGGUGGACCUGGUCAAAUGUGGUCUGACAGACAGCAGGACGUGUCUCAGAGCCGUUACUCUGGCCCUGGGCAGUAAUGCCCUGGUCAUCAAAAUUCAAGCAUCUGGGCAAGUCUAUGUCAACAAUAUUCUUUCUCAGCUUCCAUUGUUUACAUCUGAUUCUUGCAGCUUUUGGCCAUCCUCCUGUUUGGGAAUCCAAGUGAUGGUCCAGCUCUCUCCUGUGAUGCAAGUCUUCGUUUCAGCUGAUGUGUCGCUCAAAGGAGCCACCUCUGGGUUAUGUGGGAACUUCAACAACAUAAUGAGUGACGACUUCCGGGUGAUUAGUGGACUUGUGGAGGGAACUGCUGCAGCAUUUGUCAACACAUGGAAGACCAGAGUCAGCUGUCCUGACAUCGUGCCACGAUUUGGAGAUCCUUGCAGCCAGGACAUUAGCAGAGAGAGCUAUGCACAGUACUGGUGUUCCAAACUGACUGAUCCGCUGGGAGUGUUUGCCCCUUGCCACUCUGUUGUCAGUCCCAGCUCAUACAAAGACAACUGCAUGUACGAUGGCUGUAACUGUGAAAAAAGCGAGGACUGCAUGUGUGCUGCGGUCUCCUCAUAUGUCUACGCCUGCUCAGCGGCGGGAGUCCACAUCAGCGGCUGGAGGGAAACCAUCUGCGGAAAAUUUAGCGAAUCGUGUCCAUCAGAAACAGUUUAUGAGUACAACAUGACCUCCUGUGGUCGGACGUGUCGUUCCCUCAGCCAAGCUGAUUACUCCUGCCAGGUCAGCUUCGCCUCGGUUGACGGCUGCGGCUGCACAGAGGGAACCUACAUGAAUGAAGGGGGACAGUGUGUGUCCAGUGCGAGCUGCCCCUGCUACGAUAAGGACACCUUUAUUCCUGCCGGACAGGCCAUCAUCAAAGAUGGAGUAACAUGUGUCUGCAGACAUGGGGCCCUUAGCUGCCCUGGAGGAGCCAGACUACAAACCUCCACAUCAUGUGUUCCCCCCAUGAUUUAUUUUUCUUGCUCCACUGCUCAGCCUGGCACCACUGGGUCUGAGUGUCAGAGGAGCUGCAGCACGGUGGACAUGCCUUGUAUCAGUACAGGCUGUACAUCUGGAUGUGUGUGCCCAGAAGGCCUGCUGUCAGACGGAGCAGGAGGCUGCAUCAAUGAGACAAGCUGUCCAUGUGUCCACAAUGGACACGUCUACCAGCCAGGACAGACUCUCACAGUGGACUGUAACACUUGCUCAUGCAGCGGACGAACAUUCACUUGUACCAGCAAUGUUUGCAGUGCAGUUUGUGGGAUCUAUGGAGAUGGCCAUUAUAUUACGUUUGAUGAUAAAAGGUUUGACUUCAGCGGAGAAUGUGAAUACACACUCCUACAGGAUUAUUGCAGCCCUGGUCAGGGAAACGGAAGCUUCAGUAUUAUCACUGAGAAUGUUCCAUGUGGAACCACUGGGACAACCUGCUCCAAGACCAUUAAGAUCUUCCUGGAGGAUAAUGAAUUCCAUCUAAAGGAUGACAGUUUCCAGGUGAUAAAAGGAAACAUCAAUGUUCUCCCUGCUUCUGUUCAAAAAAUGGGUAUUUAUCUGGUGGUGACAGUCCAAUCAGGGCUGGUUGUCAUGUGGGACCAGAAGACAAGCCUUUUUAUUUCUCUCAGUCCAGAGUUCCAGGGUGAAGUGUGUGGCCUAUGUGGGAACUACGAUGGCAACAGUAAAAAUGAUUUUACCACACGCUCUCAAGAGACUGUGGCAGAUGUUUUAGAGUUUGGGAACAGCUGGAAAGUGUCAUCUAGUUGCUCUAACGCCCAGCUUCUCAGUGAUCCCUGUGCCUCCAACCGCUACCGGGCAGCCUGGUCUCAGAAGCAGUGCAGCAUCAUAACCAGCGCCACCUUCCACAGCUGUCAUGCAAAAGUCGAUCCUGGCCCAUACUAUGACUCCUGUGUGAGAGACUCCUGUGCUUGUGACACUGGAGGUGACUGUGAGUGUUUCUGCACCGCUGUGGCUGCCUAUGCCAAAGCUUGCAGCACAGCUGGAGCCUGCAUCAGCUGGAGAACUCCAAAGUUGUGCCCUAUUUUCUGUGAUUACUAUAACUCCCCUGGUGGCUGCGAAUGGCAUUACAAGCCUUGUGGAGCUGACUGCAUGAAGACAUGUAGGAAUCCCUCAGGAAGCUGUACCAAACUCAUCACUCACCUGGAAGGUUGCUAUCCACAGUGUUCUCACACCAAGCCUUUCUUUGAUGAAGACACAAUGAAAUGUGUGAAUUGGGACCAGUGUGGAUGCUAUGAUGACAAAGGCAUUCAUUAUAGCACAGGCGAGAAGGUUCCAUCCAACAGCUGUUACACUUGCUCCUGUACAUUAUCUGGGAUAAUAUGCAUCUACAAUGUUGAUUCAUGUACAUGCACAAUUAAUGGACAAAUUUACAACUACGGUGCCACAAUAUACAACACUUCGGAUGGUCUGGGAAACUGCAUUAAAGCUGAAUGUGGCGCGAAUGGAACUAUAUCUAGAAGCAUGUAUAUAUGCAUGAAUACAACAACCGCUGGGCCCACAACAACUCCAUUUAAAUUUAGCACAGUGCCAAGCUCUACGUCAACAAUAAAUAUUACAUCAAGAACAGAAGGAACAACAACAAAACUAAAGGAUAAAACAACUCCACAAAUAACAUAUAUCGCAACAACAAUAAUAACAGCACGGCAAGAAACAACACUUGUUACAUCUAAGCCAUCUACAACCAAAGGUUCCAUAACAAAUUUUGGUACAAGAAAGCCUGUUGAAACAACCUCUGAUCAAUUAACACUCUCCACCACUGCAAUUGUUGAAACCACGACUUCAGUGCUAGAGGGAACAAGCAGAGGAAGUGAAACUACAACCGUAUCAUCAAAGCCAUCUCUUCAGACAACCACUACUGAAGGACCUACACCAUCCACCCAGAGAGCAACAACUGAAUCUGUCGAAACUACGUUCUCAAAAACAACAACAGCAGUGAAGAUUGGAACAACAAACCCCUCAAAGGUUGGCACAACAGGCCCAGUGACUGGCUCUGUUACAGAAGUUGUCGAAUCCACAACUGGAGUACCAGGAAUCAUGUCAACAAGCCAAGAAACAACCCUUGUUACAUCUAAGCCCUCUGCUGUUACCAAAACCACAACACCUCCUAGAACCACUGGAGAAAUUACGACAAAAGCUUCUGAAGCAUCUACAACCAAAGGUUCCAUAACAAAUGUUGGUACAAGAAAGCCUGUUGAAACAACCUCUGGUCAAUUAACACUCUCCACCACUGCAAUUGUUGAAACCACGACUUCAGUGCUAGAGGGAACAAGCAGAGGAAGUGAAACUACAACCGUAUCAUCAAUGCCAUCUCUUCAGACAACCACUACUGAAGGACCUACACCAUCCACCCAGAGAGCAAGAACUGAAUCUGUCAAAACUACAUUCUCAAAAACAACAACAGCAGUGAAGAUUGGAACAACAAACCCCUCAAAGGUUGGCACAACAGGCCCAGUGACUGGCUACAUAACAGAAGUUGUCGAAUCCACAACUGGAGUACCAGGAAUCAUGUCAACAAGCCAAGAAACAACCCUUGUUACAUCUAAGCCCUCUGCUGUUACCAAAACCACAACAACACCUCCCAGAACCACUGGAGAAAUUACAACAAAAGCUUCGGAAGCAUCUACAACCAAAGGUUCAACAACAAAUGUUGGUACAAGAAAGCCUGUUGAAACAACCUCUGGUCAAUUAACACUCUCCACCACUGCAAUUGUUGAAACCACGACUUCAGUGCUAGAGGGAACAAGCAGAGGAAGUGAAACUACAACCGUAUCAUCAAUGCCAUCUCUUCAGACAACCACUACUGAAGGACCUACACCAUCCACCCAGAGAGCAAGAACUGAAUCUGUCGAAACUACCUUCUCAAAAACAACAACAGCAGUGAAGAUUGGAACAACAAACCCCUCAAAGGUUGGCACAACAGGCCCAGUGACUGGCUACAUAACAGAAAGUUGUCGAAUCCACAACUGGAGUACCAGGAAUCAUGUCAACAAGCCAAGAAGCAACCCUUGUUACAUCUAA